AUGGAACAAGCAGACCCACGACAGUUGUUCAAUACUUCUUGGACCAUCCACCGUCUAUCCCCUCUCCAUCAUGGGAAGGACUCUGAAACCCUCCUAGACAACAAGGUCGCCUUGAAAACAUAUGCAACACGUCUACGCGACCAUAUCACGGGGAAUGCCCUCGCUGGAAUUUAUACAAGCGCUAGUGCAGCAGAUGAUGAUGCGCUCUCCAAGACUGGCGCCCUAAAAGAUUGUCUAUGGCAACCAAUCUCUCCUCAAUCACUGCAUGACCGAGCGCCAAGCAGAUCGCAGGAUACCACUUUUCCUGGAAUUCUAGUAACACUAGAAUAUGAAAAUAUCAUCUACAAAGCAGCUUUGCUCGCAGACACAACAUCAUCCCCAAAUCAGCGCUCAGGAUCCACAUCUCUCCCUCUCCUCCUAACCAGAUUCCCGACUGCGCUCCGGCAAAUAUUCAUCGCUUUCCUAUCUACCAAUUUCGACACGUACUGCUCGCCCCUCCGGCUGCCAUCAAGCUUUCUCUGCGCAGGUCUGGAGACGUACAUCGAUACUUUGCGCACUCAACGACCAAGUACUAGCGACACAGUCGAAGAUGUUAUCAAAGAGUUACAGCUCACGCUCUCCUUUUCCUCGUCGAUCGCACCGGCACUGAAAUCUCUGAACGUCAGUGUCGCGCGCGCUUCACUUGCGGGCUUCCUGCGCGAUCAGUCUGGACAGUCGGCGCCGAAGUCGCGCAGUCUUCAGCAUAAACUGCGCAGCCCUUUCAUCGCCAAUCUUACUUCGUACCUGGAGACCCAUCUUGCCCUGAAGCUGGAUCUGGAUGGGUCGUCUUCCGACCAGGUUGCUAAGCAGCAUGUGCGACUCUCGAAGGUUGCCUGUGCUGCUUUCGUUUUGGGUAGUGAAGGACGUGUGAAGCUCGUUGUGCCUGCUGAUAGGGACGUUGGGAAUGGCGAUGAGGACUCUCGGCUUGGAGGCGACAAGAAUGAACUUGCUUUGGAGGCAGGAGAAUCCCUUCUACGCUUGGUCAUCCGGAAAGCUGUUCUGGAAGAUCAUUUGACUACAUGA